CCCUCUCUCCGCGCCUGUCUUCGAGUCUCAUUCUCUCAAGCUGGCACGCUCGUCGCUCACGCUUUCUGCGACUCAGUGACUCUGUCUUUCUCCAGUCGUCGUCGACUGAUUUCCGCUCCUCCGCUUGCUUCCCUCCUUCCCUUUUCGCUGCUUUCCGGCACCUUCGAACGAUCGCUCUGGUCUCUGGGAUGAUCUCCUGACUUCGCGCCCGCGCUCGCUCUCUCGCUCCUGUUCCGAUGCCGUUUUGCCCAAGUCACUGACGGACCCCCUCCGCUCUCCAACUGCUCGCUCGCGCGCUCGCUUUCCUGGCUUUGUCCCAUUUCGCUUGCAUUGCACUGAUUAGCGGCCCUCCCGGGAGCGUGACGAGGAAGUGGAUCUUUCGAUUGAGAUUGUCCAAUGCUGUGGAGGUCGUGCAAAGCUGGUGCUGUUGAUUUUUCAUGUUCGAGAACGGGGCUUUGAGGAUUUGGGUUUGGGCUUCGAUCUCGUAGUCUGCGGGUGGACGGGGAUAGUUGGGGUACGAAUUGGAGCCGACUCGGGGGAAGGUGAGAGUGAGGGUGAGGUUGAGAGGGAAAGGGAGAAGAAAUGGCUUAUGUAGAUCGGACGUUUUCCAUCAGCGAUGAUGACACCGGGACAUUUAUCGUGCACAAUCGACCUCCCAUUAAGGAGAUUGGCCUCGCUAUCUCGUUGCUCGUAAUUGGCGCCGUGGGUAUCAUUGCCGGCCUGGUAAUGAUAGUCAACAAGACCGGUGGCGACCGGGGUCAUGGCAUUGCGUUUUCAAUUCUGGGAGCCCUGUUAUUCAUGCCGGGCUUCUACUACUCGAGGAUUGCCUACUACGCGUACAAAGGCUACAAGGGCUUUUCGUUUUCCAAUAUUCCUGCAGUCUGAGGGGAGUGCCAUGGUCCAAAGUAAAAUCACAGAUGCACGUCAGUUUGAAUUGUACAAUUGUCAUCAUCUCUAAACCCUCCAAGUGGGUUUGUUACAGUUGCUCCUCUUUAUGUAGCUAGUAGCUGCGGAAAUCUGAAGAUGUUUGAUUGUAUUGUUGCAUUUCCGAGAGGGGAGUAGUGUACAGUGACACCUUUCUGGCAGUGCUUAUCAUUUCAACCGGCGAACGAUCUAUCGAUUCAUUUGCGAGCUUUGAGAAGUUAGGACAUCAUUGUAGAAGGGGUUCUUAGCGAUGGUCAAAGCUGGCCAACGAAAGUACCGGUCGGCGGAAUAUUGCAGGCUUUGCGUAAGUUCUCGCGGGAGAAGCUUUUUCCACGCACGAUGCGGAAUCACAAACUAGUUGCUACCUCUGCAGGCGUCCAGGUAUAUAGAAAUUGAAAGCGAGGAAUGGUGUGACCAACUCUGCACGGAAAGUUUGCAGCUGGAUAAGAGUAGGUUUGUUUUACCUACCUAAAUUUGUAACAUCAUAUCUGAUCUCUCAAGAUUAGCACCGGCUGGAUAUUCUUAGGACGGGAGCCUAUCAGGACAAAUCGAUGAAUUUGCUUUUAUUGGCGAAUGUUUAUCUACCAAUCGAUGUCCAGGCAAAUCUGAAAAUGGUUACGUAUGUUACCUGUGUAUCAUCUCUACUUUUCUCAUAAAAUCUAAUUCCUCUUCUGGUCUAU